AGAGUUGCCGUAGUUUCCUGCAUCUGAAAAGGGUUGUUGUAAAGCUGUGUUUUUUAACAUACUUUUUAUAUUUUAUUGGCUAAACCCUGAGCAAUGCAUGUCUGUUCACCCCUGAGAGAUUCCCAGCUUGGAUCUACUGCUGGAUAAGCUGACGGAGGACUGACUUUCUUGAGGAGUUUUUUAUUUUAUUAUUAUUAUUAUUAUUAUUAUUAUUAUUAUUAUUAUUAUUAUUAUUAUUAUUAUUAUUAUUUCCCCAGUGCUUUAACUUUUUGUUUGGAAGAAAUAGAAGAGCUGAGAAGGAGUUGAUGUGUGGUGAAAUUUUCCAUAUUUCUUCAACUUGUUGAAAAGUCUUGUGGUUUAGUACAAUAAAAGUAGCAUAGAGAAGUUGUACACCACAUGAAUGGAAAUAAACUUCAAUGCUGUACAGUCUGAGCCAACACAACAGCUAGUCUCGGCUAAUGCCCCCCACCCCUGCCCACCGGAAGUGUGCUGAACAGUUUGAGAACAACUCAAUUGUCACUAGAUUGUUUGCUGCAAAUGUUCAGCAGGUGGUGCUGAUUAAAGAAAGUGUUCCUGAAGAACGGAGCCCUCAUCUAGACCAGCAGGACCCAGAAGCCCUCAACAUAAAGGAGGAAGAGGAGGAAGUUUGGACCAGUCUGGAGGGAGAGCAGCUCACUGUGAAGGAGGAGGAUGAUGCCGCCAGCUUUUCAUUCACUGUAGUUCAGUUGAAGAGCGAGGAUGAUGAAGAGAAACCCUCGUUUUUACAGCUUCAUCUGCAUCAAGUGGAAGACAGAGCUUUUCCGAGCGGCAGAUCAGCUGACCAGAUGACAGCAGCAACUGAUGGAGAGGACUGUGGAGGAGCAGAAACUAGCAGGAACCCAGAACUAAAUACUCGAGAAGACGAAUACAGCUCUUCAGAGACUGAAGUCAGUGAGGAUGAUGAAGAGGAGGAGGAUGGGAACAAGUCUUUAAGUUUUUUGGUCAAUGAAAAAUGUGUUAUAGUGAAGAAAAAAGUAGUCUCUAUGAGGAAAGUCCAGUCAAGACCGAAAUCAUUUCCUUGUGACGACUGCGGCAAAGUAUUUAAAAGAAAAGGAGAUCUGAGCAAACACAUGAAAAUCCACACAGGAGAGAAACCAUUUCCCUGUGACCUUUGUGGAAAAAUGUUUAGAUGCAUUAACCAUUUAAAUGUACACUUAAGGAUCCACACAGGAGAGAAACCAUUUCCUUGUAAAGUUUGUGGACAGAGGUUUAACCAAAGGGGAGGUGUUAACACACACAUGAGAAUCCACACAGGAGAGAAGCCAUUUUCUUGUGAUGUUUGUGGACAAAUGUUUAGCCGAAAGAUGACUUUAAACACACACAUUCAAAUCCACACGGGAGAGAAACCAUUUUGUUGUGAUGUUUGUGGUCAAAUGUUCAGCCGAAAGACAAAUUUAAACAGACAUGCAAUGACUCACACAAGGCAGAAACCAUUUCCUUGUGAUGUUUGUGGACAAACGUUUAGCCAAAAGGCAACUUUAAACACACACACGAGAAUCCACACAGGAGAGAAACCAUUUUCUUGUGACGUGUGUGGUCAAAUGUUUAGCCAAAAGGCAAGUUUAAACAGACAUGUAAUGACCCACACAAGUCAGAAACCAUUUUCUUGUGAUGUCUGUGGUCAGAUGUUUACCCAGAAGACAAGUUUAAAAAGACACAUAUUAAUUCACACGAGACAGAAACCAUUCCCUUGUGAGGCAGGCGGACCAAUAAUUAGUCGAACAACUUUAGAC